AUGGAAAUUAUAUUUGAUUUCUUCCUACUGUCGGGGCUUACAACUGGUGUACUAGUGUUAUAUUUAUUACUCUUUAAGAAAUCGACACCUGACAGCGGAAACUACAAAAGAGCCAGUUGGAAUUUUCAAUUGAAGCUGUUACUGGCGAGAUUUUCUGUAAGACGGUGGAAAUCACAGCUGACCCCGACACUGUUACACGAGUGGCCCCGGCCCAAACAAUAUGAGGGAUGGGACAACUUUGCUUUGCGCACUUCGGCCACGGACGGUUCAACAGUAUUAUUAGGCAUCCGCAAGCAGUGUGGUGGACAACCAUUGGCAGAGGUGGUGUUAUACGUCAAGCUACCAGAUGGAACUUCUUACAAACUACUGCAACAUCCAGACACCGUGGUGAGUGUUUGGGAAAAUGUUGAAGGUGGUUGGAGCGCUGGUGGACUUAAAAUACAAGUAUUGGAGCCACAAAAAAGAUACAGGAUUCUGUUCAAUGGAUGCAUGACAAGGGACGGAGACGGUGUCACGCAGCAUGCCAAACUUAAUUUGAUCUGGUCGUCAGGGACAAAACCAAUUCGCUUCCCCGAUGAUUGGAGUAACGAGCUGGCAGCACAAACGUUAGCUCUUGAGAACUGGCGUGAUGACAAGUGGCCUUAUAUGCUUGGCAAGUGGGAGGAAGGAGGCUGGCUUCUUUGGGGCACAGCCCAAGGACGCUUUCAAGCCUUCAACGAAAACGGUGACAUAGACGAGAGUGUGUACCUUCGAACAAGGGGAAUAAAAGAAAGACAUUGGGCGCCACACGCGUAUCAGGGGCUCAGGCGUUCGAUUACCAUCACUGCAGGUGCUCGCGAUGGAACUGCUGUGCAUCUUCGGUGUUUUUCUUAUAAAAAUGUUUUGACUCAUUGUAUAUCCGGUUGGGUGAGAAACCCAGAUUAUACGACCAGCAAGAUAACUUCAACUGAUCUGGUGAUGAAGGAGUUCUGCGAGAGACCUGAUGGAAUACCGCAGGUCUACACGAUAAAUGUGAGCACUCACAGGUCUGAUUUGAGUAUUGUGCUAAGGAUAAAUGCUGAUGGCGGUAAGCUUCUCAACGGGGUGCCUUAUCAACAAGAGAUCCUUUAUCGCACUUUGCAUGUCAACAUCAAUAGUGAACCGGGAACUGGCGUACUAGAACUUGGAUAUGAACCAACAGAGAUACGCCACCCAUCAACACGCAUCAUGCCACUUCGUGUUCUCAAGUGGUUGAGUGAAAAGGAGGCAGGUGAAGUGGGCUACUGCCUACCCUUUGAAGAUCGCGCGUGUGCAUGCCCAGUAUAUGUGGGAGGAAAGGGCGCUUCUCUAGCGCUUUUAGCGUCCGUGCAGAAAGAUGAGGGUUACCGAGUACCUCCUGGAUUUUGUUUGACAACUAAAGCUUUAGAAAAGCAUCUUAAACUAAAUCCAGAACUGACGACGGCCAUUCGCGAAAUCGAAGCUGCUAAUGAAAACUAUAAUGAAGAGAUAUUUAAAGAAAAAUGUAAAAGAACCUCUGAGCUCUUUAUUACUACUGAGUUAAAAGGUGAUAUCAAAGAUGAGCUGCUGAAGAGUAUGAAAACAUUAAGAAUAACUGCUUUGGAACAAAACUUGGGGCCGGAAUUACGUUUUGCCGUACGAUCGUCAGCUGUUGGCGAAGACAGUGAAGAAUUAUCUGCUGCCGGCCAGAAUGAGACGAUUCUGGGUUGUGUGAGCGAUGCAGAUGUAUUGGAUGGAGUGCAGAAAUGUUGGGCCUCCAUGUUUGCCUUUACCAGUGCAUAUUACCGCAGACAGAACGGUCAGCCUUGCUUGUGUGGGGCGGGUGUGGUGGUACAAGCGCUAGUAGCGCCGCGAGCAGCCGGUGUCAUGUUCACGCGACACCCCGCGCACGGUGACCCCACCAAGCUUCUUAUAACUGCCAACUAUGGACUCGGAGAGAGCGUUGUCUCCGGAGCAGUGGACCCUGAUACAAUUAUAGUAAAGCGUCACGUAAACGGCCAACUGACCAUCGCUAAGACUGAAAUUGGGUCGAAGUCCCGUAGAGUGAAGACAGAGGGUAGUGGCAUCGUGAUGGAAGACGUUCCUGAACAAGAUAAAAACGUUUCCUGUCUCUCAGAAGCAGAUGUAAUGAAGUUGGCCCAGAUUGGGGUAGUACAGGAGGAACUCUGGGGCGCUGGUAGAGACAUUGAGUGGGCUCUUACUGAGACUGAGACAUUCUUAUUGCAAGCACGACCAAUCACAUCUUUGGCUCGUUGGACUGAAGAAGAGUUGUUACAUGAACUGGACUGCGCUAUAAUGGCGGAUGAUGAGCUUUUGUCCUUUGGAAACACAGGAGAGGUAUUACCAAAACCUGUAACACCGUUGUCUUAUGACUUGGUCAAUACUCCGCUUGUUAACGGAAUAAAUUACGUGACAGACGGUAACGGCAGUGGAUAUGAUAAUACAGUUAUAUUUUCACAUUAUAGAUGCAUUCUGCCUCUGUACAAUACAAUUUAUAAAAGAGUCCCUAAGAAAAUAGACAUAAAUAUACGAAUUUUGGAGAUGUCUAUCCAUGGGCACAAAGUAGCUGGAGAUGAAAUAUAUAGUACAGCGUUACAUAGAAAACAACCACAUUGGACUGAUAAGAUAAUUGGUAUUUGGUUCAUGAUCAAGACGUUAUGGGGGUCAAAAAAGAAAAUGGACAAUGCCAUCCAAACUGUGAACACAUUGAAUUAUACAUUAUUAACAGAAGAUCCUAAGAGGUUGUUAAAUUGUAUUAAACAAUCUAAAUCGACCAUGGAAGAACUUUCAGGUAAUCAUGCCUGGACGAGUAGUGCGAGCACAGCCAGUCAAAUCAUAGCUAUGAGUGUUUUUGUCGAGGGAAAAUCAGAUUUCACACCGGAACAAUGCAACGAAAUAAGCAGCCUCUUCAGUUCCGGCGAUGUCCUAUCAGCCGAGUUACCGGUAGCGAUGGCCAACAUAGUUCAAAAGUUGGAGCAUUCUGGUUUAGCUGAAAAGUUCAGAGAUCAGGAUCCUAAGACAGGUAUACAAUGGCUUAAAAAGAAUGCUCCGGCUGUGUACUUGGACGUGUGCACAUUCUUGGAGCAUCACGGAUAUAGAGCCGUUAUGGAGUUUGAUUUACUGACAAAACCAUGGGUAUUGGUCCCAGAAGAGUUGAUUAAAGUAUUACAGAAUUUACAAGUAUCUACUGUAGUAACGAAAACUAAGAACACUGAGGAUAUCAUUGCGUCAUUAACUACCCCUGAGAAAGAUAUGACAAAAAAAAUAUUGCGAUGGCUCUUACCUUUAUGUCAGCGUACUGUGCGUGAACGAGAAAGUACAAAAGCUCACCUAAUCCUGGCGAUUCAUAAACUACGACUAGGAUGUUUACAACUAGGACGACUACUUGUGCGAAAGUGGUAUAUACCUAACCCUGAUUUAGUGUUCUUUUUCCGUUUUGAGGAACUGUUAAGUUAUUACCAAAACAGAGACCCUGCAUUGUUAAAAAAGGCAUUGCAACGGCAACAGUAUUAUCCGAAUUGGUGUAAAUUGAAGUUUGCGGAACUCAACACCGGUUGGUUGGAUCCUUUAGAAAUGAAAGGGCCUAUGGUAACGGCCGGAGACGUGAAAAUACAGGCCACCUCGGUCUGUGGUGGAGAGAUUGUCGCUAGGGCCUGUGUUGUAAAAGAUCUUUCAGAGAUUGGUCAAUUGCAACGCGGUGACGUUUUAAUAACACAUGCCACAGACAUCGGUUGGUCGCCAUAUUUCCCGCUCUUGACAGGCAUAGUCACCGAGCUUGGUGGACUUAUAUCACACGGUGCUGUAAUUGCUCGAGAAUAUGGCUUACCAUGCAUCGUUGGAGCAGCUUUCGCCACUGAUGUAUUCAAAACUGGGGAUACAGUAAGAUUAUCAGGAACUAGCGGGAUCAUUGAAAAGGUUGAAUUGGCAGUCGAAAUACAAGACGAUAAAAAGCAGAUUAAUGGUAUUUAA